GUUCUAUGACCUUUCACAUCAAAAAAGUCUUUGAACCACUGGCAACGGUGAAUCAAAAGGGGGUUUACAGGUCAAAAGGGAACGUCAAAUGCUUCUCUGACCAGACACUUGUGCACAACCUGUGCCGACUCUUUGGAUGAGGUACAGUAAAGGAACAACAACUUUGAAUCAAUUUCCAGCUACUGCUUUAGGUGUUGAAGGAGGUCACUAAAUCCAGAUCCAUAGGAAAUUUGGAGCCUUUACACCGCGGAAUGUCGGAAAAGACGUGCACCAGCAACAGUGUUGUUCAGACACAUAAACUGAUCGAUCAACUGCGGCUAGAGGCAAGCAUGGAGAGAAUCAAGAUAUCCCUGACAGCAGCAGACUUGAUCCAGUACUGUAAGGAUCACAGACACAGUGACCCUCUGCUCACUGGCAUCGCCAGCUCAUCCAAUCCUUUCAAAGAUAAGAAGACCUGUGUGCUGCUUUGA